UGCUGCAGUAACUUCAGAAUAUGAACCCAAGGGGAUUUUUUUUUUUGAGUUAAAUUAUAUUAGGGAGGUGAUAUUUCUAUUUGGCUCAAAUGCCACUUUUUCAAACUUCUUUGCUCCUUUAAACAUCCCUAAUACAGCAGUGCCAACUCUUUCAGUGCGACGAGCAGAGAGCAGGAGGGGGGGGAGGAGGAGGAUUGACAGCAGAUGCCUUUGCAGCAGAGGACCAGAGAGGAUGUAUGUCCGUGUGUGCUGUUCCGGGACAAAAUCCGCACAUGUUUAAACGUUCACUUAUCGAAAAUUAAACCGCGAGAUUUUACGAGUUUGUGAGAGAAAGCAAAGACAAUUCAAAGUGCAGUGUCAGAGGGAAUUCUUCUCUAAAGAAGAUGGACGGGACGACCUGAAUAGACGAUUGGAUCACUUCAUUUAAAAGAUGUAUUUCGUGCUAUCAUUUUUUUUUUCUUGAUUAAAUCAACUUGGAUGUUCUAUUGAGACCAGUCACUCAAAGCCUAGCUAACGAUGGAGAGGGGAGUUUUUCUGCCCUGUCUGGAUCAGUUCAUGCUGAGCCCACUUGUCACUUGGGUGAGGACAUUCGUGCCAAAUGAUGGGGGCAUGCACUUGGAUUUUUCUGAACUGCUGGAUGGAGUCUUUCUAAACGACAUAAUGACCCAAAUAAAUCCUUCAGCUUCAUCUCAGAGUGCAAAGAAAAUGAGCAAGGAUCCAAGUCAGAGGAUCCAGAACCUGAACUUUCUCGUGCAGCAGAUCAAGACAUUUUACCUGGAUAAUCUGAGACAAUUAAUCAUGACUCCUUUGCCAAAUGUGUUGCUGCUUGGCAGGACUCCUUACUGUGAACAAAGCCUGGAUGAAAUGAGGAAACUUUUGCUAUUACUAUUGGGAUGUGCAGUUCAGUGUGAGAAGAAAGAGGAGUACAUUGAGAGAAUCCAGACACUUGACUUUGAGACAAAAGCAGCAAUAGCUGCUCAUAUUCAGGAGUUGACUCACAGUCAAGACAAUGUGCUGGAUCUGCAGUGGUUGGAGUCUAGUGAGCUGCACCCCGAUGAUAUGGAGGCAGCAGUAAGGAACAUGACCGCACACCUCCGACACUUGCUGGAUCAGAGGGAUACCCAUCUGGAGACUAUAGCAGAGCUAAUGCAGGAGAAAGAGGGUGUGGUAAGUUUGCUCAGUAGCCCCUCCAGCCCACAGUCUGCCAGCUACUCUCCUACAAUUCAGCAGCAGCAGGUGGGGACCCAGCAACACCUUGCAGUCGAACUGGCUGACUCUAAGGCAAAGAUCAGACGACUUAGACAAGAACUAGAGGAGAAGAGUGAACAAAUGCUGGACUGCAGACAUGAGUUGGAGAACAUGGAGGCUGAGCUGAAGAGAAUCCAGCAGGAGAAUUCCCAGUUGCUUCUGGAUGCACGCACAGCCCGCACUUACCGUGAUGAACUGGAUGCCCUGAGAGAGCGAGCCAUCAAGGCGGACAAGCUGGAGAGUGAAGUGGGACGCUACAGGGAGCAACUGCACAAGAUGGAGUUCUACAAAGCCAAAGUGGAGGAGCUAAAGGAGGAUAAUAGGGUACUCCAGGAGACUAAAGAGGUUUUGGAAGAUCAACUGGAAGGCUGGAGGGCACGCUCAGAUAAAAUCCACCAGCUGGAGAAACACAAUCUGCUGUUGAAGGCCCAGGUCCAUGACAUGGAACAGGAGAGGGAGGCAGAUCGGAGGCGCAUUGAGGAAUUGCAAACGGACAACUUGGCUUUGUGUUUGGCACAGAGGAGGAGUAUGGAGGAGUCCCAGCACCUAGGCUGGGAGUUAGAGCAACUCUCCAAGACCACAGAAAGCUCCCAGGGCCAGCAGACCCUGAGUGAGGAGGUCAGUGAGAGGGCCUGCAGUCGAUUGCUGAAACUGGAGAAAGAGAACAAACAUCUCCUGAAGAUUAUAGAGGAGCUCAGAGCUUCUGUUAAUAACAUCACACAAACCAAACAUAGCCACCUGGCGAUGUGUAGUAACAACUGUACCUCAUCAACAGACGAGUCCUCAGUGUUGCAGACCUCCUGCUCGAAUGCUAAAAAUCACUCUAAUGGAGUCUCCCUCAGUAUUGUAACAGAGUCGAUGCUAAAUGGGGAUUUAAGCUGCCAUCAGCAGCUAGACACCGAGGAGUUGGAGCGAGUCCAGACUGUGAACCAUCUCACAGCUAAUCCAGAGCGUAAUAUCCAGGAGAAAGGACAGCUAGAGGAUGGAGACAGUGGAGACCAUUUCAAAGAAAGGAUGUCUGAUUUGGAAGUCUUAGAAAACAAUCACAAUAGGCGCCAUUAUUUUGUGAGGUCACAUGAUCACUCGCCUGGCUCAAAGAACAGCAGUCCCCGCCAUGAAAGCAUCUUCACAGGUCUGCCAACACGCUCCUCCUAUGCCAGCAAGCACACACAGCGGCUAGAGGCCAAGUGCAGGGCCCUGGACACAAUAAAUCAGCAUCUACAAACUUCACUUGACAACACUGACCGAAAGGUUCAGCGUCUAGAGGCAGAGGUUGAGGAGCUGGAAGCAGAGAAUCAGAGCCUGCAGGCCUCUUUAGAGGAUCUUCGCAUCUCUGCACGACGCCUGGAGCAGUUAGAAACAGAGAAGCAGACCCUGGAGCAUGAAACAACUGCCCUGGAGAGAGACAAGAGGCAGCUAGAGAAAGAGAAUCGACGACUCCGGCAACAGGCUGAAAUCCAAGAAGCCAAAUUAGACAGCAGUAAUGUCUGUAUGGCUAGCUUGGAAAGGGAGAUGCGUUUUCUUGUAAAGGAAGUGGACGGAUUAAGGGAAACUGCUGAGAGGGUGAAAGGCCUGGAGAGAGACAACAGAGAACUGACCAAGCAGGCUGCUAUCGACCAGAGAACCCUGGCAACCCUCAGAGAAGAGCUAGUUAGCGAGAAGCUGAGAACCCAGCAAAGAGACAAUGAACUAGAGAGGCUUUCCCAUGAGCUGGAAAUGAAGGUCCUGAACCAGGAGAGUGCACAUCAGGCUGAACAAGAGAGACCAGAUAACAGCAGGUUCAAAAUGCUCGAGUCUGAGCUGGAGACAUCUCUGAAAAAGUCUCUGCAGAUAAAAGACGACAAGUUGGCUUCUUUGGAGGCCCGUCUGCAGGAAUCCUCCUCUCUGAAUCAGCAGCUGCGCCAGGAACUAAAGAGUGUGAAGCUGAGCUAUGAAGCCCUGCAACAGAGGCAGGAGGAAGAGAGGACAACAUCAAGUUCCACACCUCCAAGAGAAACUGGCAAGGCCAUGAGUGAAUGGCUACGUGAAAGUCAGGAAGCUACCAAAGAACUGCUGAAGCUAAAAGAUCGCCUCAUUGAAGUCGAGAGAAAUAAUGCGACACUGGAGGCAGAACGCCAGGCUUUACAAGCCCAGCUAAAACAGCUGGAAAGUCAGUCUGACAGCCAGCAGGCUCAGGUCCUUGCCCUGCAGCGGCAGGCUGCCUCACUGCAGGAGAACAACACAGCAUUGCAGACACACAAUGCAACCCUGCAGGUGGAAAAGUCAACACUGAAUUCACAGAGCGCCUCCCUUAUGGCCCAAAACACUCAGCUGCAGCAGCAGCAGUCUAAGGCAGAAAGUGAACGGGACAGUGCUAUACAUGAACGUGAAGAGCUGCGUGGUGCUCAAGAGCAGCUGUUACGAGAUCAUGAGCGCCUGGCAGUCCUGCAUGAGCGACAAGCCAUGGAGUAUGAGGCCCUGAUGGGCAAGCACGGCUGUCUGAAAAAUGCCCACCGCACACUGGAACUGGAGCAUCGCACUCUUCAAGACAGAUACAACAGCCUGUUGCAGCAACGUAGCAAAUUAGAAGACCUGGAGAAAGCCCUCAAGGAGGAGCAGAUGAGGAUGGCUUUGGAGAAAGAACAGCACAGGACAACGGCUGCUGAGUGCUGCAGACUCCGUGAUGAGAAAGACUGGCUGAACCAGACAUACCGCCAGCUUCUUAACGAUAACGAAGCGCUGACAUCGGAUCACAAGCAGCUCAAGAGCCAGCUGAAUGAGGCCAAGCUGGAGCACACGUGGCUAGAGGCAGACUUUUCGAAGCUCAAAAAGGACUAUCAGCAGCUCGACAUCACGUGCACAAAACUCACAAAUCAGUGCGAGCUGCUGAGCCAGUUGAAGGGCAACCUCGAGGAAGAGAACCGCCACCUGCUCGCCCAGAUUGAGACCCUUAUGCUACAGAACCGGACUUUGCUGGAGCAGACUAUGGAGAGCAAAGAUCUCUUUCAUGUUGAAGAACGCCAGUAUAUUGACAAGCUUAAUCAUUUGAGGAGGCAGAAAGAGAAGCUGGAGGAAAAGAUAAUGGACCAAUAUAAGUUUUAUGAGCCCUCGCCUCCUCGCAGACGUGGGAACUGGAUUACUUUGAAGCUGAAGAAGCUGAUGAAAUCCAAUAGCCGCGAGCAUGGGCCUGAACGCCCACCCACACCCACACACUCAGGCGUUCCUGAGCCUCAGCUCUCCUGUCACGACAACAGUUCUUUCAUCAGCUCAAAUGGCUCUGGAGGCUCAGCCUCCACAUCAGCAUGUGAUGUCAUCUCACCCCAACGUAACAGCACCACUCUGAAAAUGUUUCCCCGUAUGAGGAACCGGCUGAAGGACAGAGACAAAGUCAAGUCCCUGUUUCGGCGUUCCAUAUAUAAGCAUUCAAAUGACAGCAAUUUGCCAUCUGGACUUGAGGACAAUGAUGAGCUGCAAAAUCACGGGCUGAAUUGCGCUGAGAGCAGGGCCCAAAGUGAGAGCAGUGUUGAGUUCAACCUGAGCCUGGAGAAUGAGCCGUGGUCAAAUGGAAGCAGCCCUGUCCAGCACCCUCCGUCACGUCGUUCUUCCUCCUCCUCCUACCAACCACCCAGUGAUGCCUCAACCCCCCUGCACACAAAGCAGCAGCACAAAGAGAAAGCCUCUACCAUGCCCACUGCUAACAGUAAGAUUUCAGAUAUCCAAUGUGAACCAAAACAGAGAGAUCCUGUUCUGCCUCAGGACUUCUGGCUUAGAAGGGGCACAAAAAGUAUUCGAAGAGGGUCAAGGGGGAAGAUGACAAGGCGCGCAUCAGAUUCAGGAGGUACAGUCAAAAUCAAUCCAGGACUCAAUGGGAUGAAUCCUAAACUGAGCACAAGCAAAGUUGAAACUACCAAAGCUUCUGCUUGUUCACCAAUCACAGUGUUGUAUGUUCAGGGCAAGUCAUCCUCAAUGUCUGGCUGCCUCAACUGCUUCUCUUCCCCGAUGGGAAAAGAAGGGCGACUUAAAGGGCCGUGGUCUCCCAAAAGUCUCCCUCGCGCAAGCAGUGUCAUUUCAACAGCAGAGGGCUCGUCCCGACGAUCCAGUGUCAGCAGUGACUACAAGGUGAUAGUCAAGACUGACCUGGUCCCUGUCCAGGUUUCAGAGUAUUCAGAGGGCAAUAUUAAGGAAGAAGCAGCAAGCCCGAAUCAACAACCAGAGCCAGAGAUUAAGAACAGUGAGCCUGCGCCCAUUCCUCCUGUCAAACCUCCAAGAGACCCAGCAGCUGUGCAGGAGCCACUUUUUGACUCCUCAUUCACUUUCAAAUCUGUCUUUUCCAAUACAAUCUUUGGUGAUUCUGUGGUUACCACCACAACUAGUCUAGAUGGGCUUGACACCAACCGAACCGUCCUCUGUCAAAAUUCACCUCUGGAUCAAACCUGUUCACGAGAAAUCUCAAAAUCUGUCGAAAACACACCGCAAACAGUUCUUAAUAUGGCAGAUGAGCAGAGUCAAAAUCCAGAGCAUGCAGCUGGGCUGGAAGGGAAAGACGAGCAGCUCACAGUUGCAUGAAAGCAGCCGUCACUGUCACAUCACUGUACAAUUAGUCACUCAAAUAAAGCAGGUGGCUAUGAAGCAAUUAUUCAUCACAGCACACAAGGAUUUUAAGCAAUCAGUAUGUUUGCACUGUAUUACACUGGCUACCUAUAAAAGUGUGUUCAAUAAAAAGACAUUCUGAUAUUUUUUUUACAUUGCUUUAGUAAUCAACCUGAGCAGCAGAUCAAAAGUGUUACAGUAUUAUUUACACGUUGGUUAAUGUUUUGCACAAAUGAUGUUUAAUUUCAUUCAGUGAUACGUAGAUAGAUCUCCUGUUUAACCUCUAAUUAAUUAGAUUUGUAUGUGUCAUUCAGACCUUAGCCAUACUUGUAAAUAUAUUCGUGUUUGCCAAAAAUAUUGUAUUCAUUUUUGUAACUUCUAUUUAUGUUCUGUUCCUCAUACACGAGUUAUAACUUAUUAUGCACUGCUUUUAGAGUCUCUUUUAUUUUGUAUUUGAAUCUGAGGUGGGAAGUGUUGCUCAUAUGUAAGACGUGUGUAUAUCUUCUACUACGUGAACGCUAUUUUCCCUUAAAUAAAGAAA